AUGUGCAGUUCUCCACCUUACACUUGGAAACCACACGGCUAUCAACCCAUUUCCGCACCUCCGCCGCCACCCACCCCAAUGCUUUUCGCUAUGCCUGUCUUGGUCGCCACUCCGUGCAUUGCCGUGCCUGUCAAACCCUUCUGCCCGCUCAAUUGCAUGACAGUCGCCGGUUCCGAGACGGCAGCAAAGGGCAAGGAGUUGGUCACCACAAAGACGACUACUGCCAUCAAGGGUACUUCUACCAAGACCGUCACGAAGACGCCUUCCAAACCUGCUUCCUCGGCUGCUAAAGCCCCCUCAAAGGCGCCGUCCAAGGCGCCGUCCAAGGUUCCUUCGAAAGCGCCAUCGAAAGCUCCCUCGUCUGCCAAAUGCCCCUGCAAGCCCGCCUCUUCCGCGCCAGCCAAAUCUACCGCCUCCAAGAAAUCUGAAUCCUCAGCCGCAAAGACCAGCGACGCCGUCAUCUGCAAGACAGUGGUCUCCUGCACUGUCGUUUCCAAGUCCUCAGCUGCCACAAAGGCCUCCUCCAAACCACCCUCGGCGCCUCCAGCCUCCGUCAAAGCCCCUUCAGAGGCCGCCUCCGACAAAACUACCGCCUCCCAGAAAGCCCUCAAGAUCAAGGCCAUCACGCUUCCCACACCUCCUCUGCCGGGCAUGAAAUACAUCUACCCAAAGCACAGCACCUGCUUGCACGUCAUUCCCAAGCAAAAGGUCUGGGAAGCCCCUUGCACCAAGAACUUCACGUGCAAGACGUUCCAAGUUCCUACGCCCAUCACAGUCAACGAGCUCGUGGAGCAACUGCUCGGUAGAGAGGGAGACAAGUGUAACGGCUGGGCACUCACCGAGGUCCAGGAGAAGGGCGAUGGAGAGUUUGAGAAGGGCAGUUGUGUUGAGUUCGGCGGUGACAAGGCUGGAGGCACAUUGGCUGCCGUGGGCUGGACGGAGAAGAAUGGAGGAGAGAGACCACCUGUUUGGUUGGUUCUGCACAAGGUUUGA